UUAGGAAGCACGCCCAUCAUGCUCAACCACCUGCUUUUGGGACCGGUGCAUCCACAGCUAUAAGGAAGCGUACCGCUACUUAGAUAGACAACCCUCGGUUAUCCGAAUUCAAUUUAUGACGUGAUACAAUAAUUAAAUUGUGAUGAUUAAAUCAAAAUAUGUACUGUACCAAAUAAUGCGUCCAAAUUAAGAUUAAAUCUUAGAUAGUAACGUUGUGAUGCGUAGUCCAUUUGCGUGCAGCCGAGCUGUGUUAGUGUAGACAAUUUGGGUUGUGAUGAUGGACUAGUUCGGGCAUGUUAGUGGAGUGCGCGUCGCGGAGGGGACUGCUUGUCGGCUGUGACGCUAUGGAGGGGACUAUGUGAUUCAUACUCGGAGUGUGCUGGGCAUGGGCUUUUGAAGCCGGGGCGAGAUGGCGGCCGUCGCCGGCCUGUAUGGCCUGGGCGACGAGCAGCGGGCCAGGCAUCGCCGCGGACAGGCCAACGCUGAACGCUCAGAAUCCAGAGAUGACAACACUGAGGCGUCACUGCCGAAAUUAUGCAGUCAAGAGGAAGAGACGGGGCGCCCGCCCCAAGGAGGUGUCAUAACCUUCGAACCCAUUCACCAUGACCACGACUAUUGCGAGAGAGUAAUCAUAAACGUUAGCGGCCUCAAAUACGAAACCCAACUGCGAACACUGAACCAAUUUCCGGAAACACUGCUAGGAGACCCAAGUAGACGCAUACGAUACUUUGACCCGCUACGGAACGAAUACUUCUUCGACAGAAACCGCCCGUCGUUCGACGCUAUACUCUACUACUACCAAAGCGGUGGACGACUCCGUCGUCCCGUCAACGUACCACUGGAUGUCUUCUCAGAGGAGAUCAAAUUCUACGAGCUGGGAGAACAGGCCACCAACAAAUUCCGGGAAGAUGAGGGCUUCAUCAAGGAAGAGGAGAAACCUCUGCCCUCCAACGAACGCCAGCGCAAAAUCUGGCUGCUGUUCGAAUACCCCGAGAGCUCCCAGGCCGCCCGCGUUGUCGCCAUCAUCUCCGUAUUUGUGAUCCUUCUUUCCAUCGUGAUCUUCUGCCUGGAAACCCUUCCGGAAUUCAAACACUACAAAGUCUUCAACACCACCACCAACGGCACUAAAAUCGAGGAAGAUGAGGUCCCCGACAUUACUGACCCAUUCUUCUUGAUCGAAACCCUUUGCAUAAUCUGGUUUACCUUUGAAUUGAUAGUGCGGUUCUUAGCUUGUCCAAACAAGUUUAAUUUCUUUAGAGACGUGAUGAAUAUAAUCGAUAUAAUAGCCAUUAUCCCUUACUUCAUCACUCUCGCGACUGUAGUGGCAGAAGAAGAAGAUACCUUGAAUUUGCCUCGAGCUCCUGUGUCCCCACAAGAUAAAUCCACCAAUCAAGCUAUGAGUCUGGCCAUACUUCGGGUAAUUCGUCUUGUUCGAGUCUUCCGUAUCUUCAAGCUGUCUCGUCACUCCAAAGGGCUACAAAUUCUUGGACGCACACUCAAGGCAUCCAUGCGCGAACUCGGACUUUUGAUAUUUUUCCUGUUUAUUGGUGUGGUGCUGUUUUCAUCUGCGGUGUACUUCGCUGAGGCCGGAAGUGAGAACAGCUUCUUCAAAUCGAUACCUGAUGCGUUUUGGUGGGCGGUCGUGACAAUGACGACCGUAGGAUACGGAGACAUGACGCCGGUGGGCGUCUGGGGCAAGAUCGUUGGCUCGCUUUGUGCCAUUGCUGGUGUGCUUACCAUCGCACUGCCAGUCCCCGUCAUCGUAUCCAACUUCAACUACUUCUACCAUCGUGAGACUGACCAGGAGGAGAUGCAGUCGCAGAACUUCAACCACGUCACCAGCUGCCCGUACCUGCCCGGGACUAUGGGCGAGCCCUACUUGAGUGGAAAGGACGAUGAGAAGGACGAGGUGUGCAGUGAUCAAUGACUAUAUGAUAGUGUACUUUCAUUUCCUCUUUCGUUAAGGACAAAAUACGAUCGGUAGUGACGAUUCUUGUGAUACUACUGAGUAAGAGCCCUAAAGUGUAGUGCUAAUGUAAAUAUUGUUAUAAGGGAUGUAAAGAUAUUACGUUAAUAAAUUUGUUAUUUAUUUUUCAUUUUAA